CUCGAUCUUUUUCUACUAUGUAGAGAGAGGUUUUUCUCACUCUUAAUAAUGCUGUGGAUUCCUGAUCAUCCAUGUGUUGUUAAUAAAGCGAUGUUUUGAACAACAUGGCGGAGGAGAUGAGCAUCGAGGGCGACUGUGGCUCUGCAGGGACAGACUCGUUUCCCGAGAAGGAUUACGAGUGUAAAAUAUGCUACAACUACUUUGACCUGGACCUCCACAUCCCCAAACUGCUGGGCUGCUCCCACACAUUCUGUAGGGAGUGCCUGGACGUGCUGCACUCCCAGGGGGGUCGAAGAUGGAGGAUCGAAUGCCCCGUGUGUCGCUACCGGGCUCCGGUGCCGGAGUACCGGGUGCAUAACCUCCCCAACAACACCGCGGUGACCGAGGCUCUCCCGCUGAAAGAGUGUGGGACCCCAGACUUUCAUCCCACGGGUGCAUCCGUCUCCUCUGCAGCAGCCUCCACUGAGGGCGAAGACAGCUGUCAUACGUGUGAGCAAGUGGUGUUCAGGACGGGCUGCGUGUGCGCCAUCUUCUCCGUCCUGUCCACGGUGGUGCUGUUGUUCCUGGGCCUCAUCUUUGUGCAGAACUUCAAUAAUAGCGUCUCACAGCUCGGCCCAGUUUGUCUCUUCGUCUCAAGCCUCCUCGCCCUGUUCUCGCUCAUCCUCACGUGGCUGACGUACCUGUUGAAGCACCGACCUGAAACUAGAGCUAGCAACUUCGGUUCCCUCAGCUUCAACCUAACGUGACUGUCCGGCUGCUGAGCUGAAGUCAACUCAGCCGUAUGAGAGUGUGAAUUUAUAUAUAUAUAUAUAUAUAUAUAUAUAUAUAUAUAUAUAUAUAUAUAUAUAUAUAUAUAUAUAUAUUGUGCUUUGACAUCCUUAUGCCUCUGUCUGAUAAACGACUCACUGACAAAACACUGACCUUUGUGGGCAGGUUUCAUUCAAAAUAAAGUUUUAUGUGACAAUAUAAUAUAUCACAUAUUAUACAAUUUAAAAACGUGUCCGCAACAUAUGUUCGCCUAU